AUUCCCCGCAGUGCGGAGCCGCCACUCCCCCCCCCCCCCCCCCCCCACCCCACCCCGCAGGCCAUUCGGAAAACCUAGAUCCGAGCCUUUCCCCUCACGGCGGCGGCGGUCAUGGCGACCCGCCGGGCCCUCACCUCCGUCCUCCGCUCCGCCUCCCGCCUCCGCGCCGCCUCCCCCUCCCCGUGCCCGCGCCGCGCGCCGCUCCACCACCGCCCGUCCCCCGCGGGCUUCCUCCUGAACCGCGCCGCCGCCUACGCGUCGUCCGCCGCGGCCCAGUCGGCCCCCGCGCCUCCCCCCGCGUCGGGCAAGGCCACCGGUGGUGGCAAGAUCACCGAUGAGUUCACGGGCGCCGGCGCCGUGGGGCAGGUGUGCCAGGUGAUUGGUGCCGUCGUGGACGUGCGGUUCGACGAGGGCCUGCCCCCGAUCCUGACGGCGCUGGAGGUGCUCGACAACAACAUCCGCCUCGUGCUCGAGGUGGCGCAGCAUCUCGGGGAGAACAUGGUGCGCACCAUCGCCAUGGACGGGACCGAGGGCCUCGUUCGUGGCCAGCACGUGCUCAACACCGGCUCUCCCAUCACUGUUCCUGUUGGUAGGGCUACACUUGGGCGUAUUAUGAAUGUCAUUGGUGAGCCUAUUGAUGAGAAGGGAGAUAUAACGACAAACCACUUUCUCCCUAUCCAUCGUGAAGCUCCUGCUUUUGUUGAGCAAGCUACAGAGCAACAGAUCCUCGUUACUGGAAUUAAGGUCGUGGAUCUCCUUGCACCGUAUCAAAGAGGUGGUAAAAUUGGUCUCUUCGGUGGUGCAGGGGUGGGCAAAACUGUGCUUAUUAUGGAGUUGAUCAACAAUGUCGCGAAGGCUCAUGGUGGUUUUUCUGUCUUUGCUGGUGUUGGAGAACGUACUCGUGAGGGUAAUGACUUGUACAGGGAAAUGAUUGAGAGUGGUGUGAUUAAGCUUGGUGACAAGCAGAGUGAGAGCAAAUGUGCUCUUGUCUACGGGCAAAUGAAUGAGCCCCCCGGUGCUCGUGCUCGUGUUGGACUGACUGGUUUGACUGUUGCCGAGCAUUUCCGUGAUGCUGAAGGGCAGGAUGUGCUUCUCUUCAUCGAUAACAUUUUCCGUUUCACUCAGGCAAACUCUGAGGUGUCUGCCCUGCUUGGACGUAUCCCAUCUGCCGUGGGAUACCAGCCAACCCUUGCUACUGAUCUUGGAGGACUGCAGGAGCGGAUUACCACCACAAAGAAGGGUUCUAUCACAUCUGUUCAAGCUAUUUAUGUGCCUGCUGAUGACUUGACAGAUCCUGCCCCUGCUACUACAUUUGCCCAUCUUGAUGCUACUACUGUGUUGUCACGACAGAUUUCUGAGCUUGGUAUUUAUCCUGCUGUCGAUCCUUUGGAUUCCACAUCCAGAAUGUUGUCACCCCAUGUGCUGGGUGAGGACCACUACAACACAGCUCGUGGUGUUCAGAAGGUUCUUCAGAACUACAAGAAUCUUCAAGAUAUUAUUGCCAUUCUGGGAAUGGAUGAGCUCAGUGAGGAUGAUAAGUUGACAGUCGCUCGUGCUAGGAAGAUUCAGCGGUUCCUUAGCCAGCCCUUCCAUGUUGCUGAAGUUUUCACGGGUGCACCUGGAAAGUAUGUCGAGCUAAAGGAGAGUGUUCAAAGUUUCCAGGGUGUGUUGGAUGGGAAAUAUGAUGACCUGCCGGAGCAGUCAUUCUACAUGGUUGGAGGAAUUGAUGAGGUCAUUGCCAAGGCAGAGAAGAUUGCCAAGGAGUCCGCUUCAUAAGCGAUGCAAUUUUUAACAUUUGGAGGUCAACAUGUUGUCUUUUAUGUUUGUUAGCCAGGACAUGUACUUACAUGCAGGAGGCCCGGCCCUGCUGAUCGAUGUUUUCCCCUCCACUUUUUUUCCAAAUAAGGAUUUGCAGUGACCUAUUUGUCUGGCUUACUGCCCUUCAAGGAAGAAUUGAGUUCUCUUUUUGUUUGAUCCAUGUGCUGCUAGUCCGUGAACACUGAAAUAUUGGUCUCCAUACUUCCGGCAUCAUC